AUGUCAAGACUGUCUACUGAGCUCUUUGAGAAUGAAAUGAAGCAUUUUAUUUCAAGAAAACUUCUACUUGACACGUACUCAUACCAACAACCAGCGGCUGCUGUGACAGCUCCAUCACGGUCAAGCCCAUAUACAGAACAUAGCAACUUUGAUGCGAAUGUGGUGAUGGUGCUGUCGGUGCUCAUAUGCGCUCUGAUUUGCUCACUAGCGUUGAACUCCAUCAUCAGGUGUGUAUUAAGAUGCACGGGAUUAUCUAGUUCAGAAAGUAGCGGUAGCCAGGAAACAACUUUGGUUAAUGCCAACACUGGAAUCAAGAAUAAAGCAUUAAAGAGUUUCCCAACAGUCAGCUAUUGGGAAGGACUGAAGCUACCGGGAUUUGACAAAGAAUGUGUUAUAUGCUUGGGUGAUUUUUCAACAGGAGAGCGAGUAAAAAUCCUGCCCAAGUGCAACCAUGGAUUUCAUGUGCGUUGCAUCGAUCGAUAA